AUGACAUCUGUACAGGUCGACGUUAAGGGCAGGGUCGCCCACCUCAGGGAGCAGAUUAGCCGCCACGACCAACUCUACUACGUCAGGUCAAGUCCUGAGUUAACCGAUGCUGAAUAUGACGCCCUUAUAAGGGAGCUCCGCGCCAUUGAAGAAGAGCAUCCGGAACUUGUUACCCCGGAGUCUCCAACACAGCGCGUGUCCGGCGUACCCGCAGAUGGCUUUGACGAGGUCGCUCAUCGACUUCCUAUGCUGAGCUUGGGAAACGCCUUCGAUGGCGAAGAGCUGGUCGCCUGGCACUCCCGGGUCGCCGAACAGCUUGAGGUCGACCAGUUCGACAUGUUGAGCGAGCUAAAGUUCGACGGGCUGGCCGUCUCGUUGACAUACGAAAACGGCGUUCUUACUCGAGGAGCCACGCGGGGAAACGGCCUGGUAGGCGAGGACGUUACCGCAAACCUUAGGACGGUCAGGAGCAUUCCGCUCAGCCUGGGCUCGUCAGAAGUUCCAGCCAUCCUGGAGGUGAGGGGCGAGGUCAUAUUCCCGAAGUCCAAGUUUGAAGAGUUCAACAGACUACGGGAAGCUCAGGGGCUGCCUACCUACGUAAACCCUCGCAACACUGCAUCCGGCUCGCUCAGGCAGUUGGACCCUCACAUGACAGCCGAACGUCCACUCGACAUCUUCAUCUACUCAGUCGGUUACCGAGAAGGGGGCAGCGUUCCCGACAACCAGCGAGAUUCUCUCGAAUACCUUGGCGAACUCGGUUUCAAGGUUAAUGAGUACAACCGGAUAUUCUCGACAGUCCGAGAGGUACUUGAUUGGUACAAGCGCUGGCGCGACGAGUUCCACGACCUUGACUACGGCUGCGAUGGCCUGGUCGUCAAAGUGAACCGAUUCGACUACCAGCGCCACCUUGGAGACGUGGGCCGCGAGCCGAGAUGGGCCAUUGCUUAUAAGUUCCCUGCAGAGCAGGCGGUCACGGUAUUGCGGGACGUCAAGUUCAACGUCGGCCGAACUGGGACCAUCAACCCCUACGCAGUCUUGGAGCCAGUACACGUAAGCGGUGUCACAGUUAAGCAGGCAACUCUUCACAAUGAGGAUUACAUAACUUCGCGAGAUCUUCGAAUCGGCGACCGGGUUGUGGUUGAGCGCGCGGGUGAGGUGAUCCCGCAGGUAGUCAGGCCGCUCACCGAGCUUAGAACGGGGGUAGAACUGGGCGUGACGAUGCCUUCUUCGUGCCCAAAUUGCGAACAGCCUGUCGUUCGCCGAGAGGGCGAGGCAAUGUCCUACUGCACUAACGCUUCCUGCCCUGCUCAGUUGAUACGCAUGAUUGAGCACUUUGUCAGCAGGGGCGCAAUGGAUAUCGAGGGCCUGGGAGUGAAACAGGGUGGGGCCCUGAUAUCCGCCGGACUACUUAAGGACGUCGCAGACAUUUACACGCUUCAUGAAUACCGCGACGGCCUCGUCGAGAUGGAGCGGAUGGCCGAAAAGAGUGUUAGCAAUCUCCUGGCCGCCAUCGACACGAGCAAGAACCAGUCGCUGGCAAGGGUGCUUGUCGCCUUGGGUAUUCCAUUCGUGGGAGGAGAAGUCGCGGGUAUCCUGGCUAGACACUUUGGGACAAUGAAGGCUAUGCGCCAGGCCUCCGUGGACGAGUUGGUUGUCAUUAAUGGAAUUGGGCCCAAGAUCGCGGAGUCGGUUCACAGCUACUUCGUGCAGGAGUCCAACGCCCUUGUUGUGGACAAGCUCCAACUCGCGGGAGUAAACAUGGUUGAGGAAUCUGUUCAGAGCUCCGGCGGAACCAGCCUGGUAGGCCUGCGCUUUGUCGUAACUGGAAGGCUGCCUAACUAUUCCCGCUCUGAGAUCCAGGACAAGAUCAAAGACCUCGGAGGGGCUGUCUCAGGUUCGGUCAGUAAACGUACUGACUAUGUUGUCGCCGGGGAAGGUGGAGGCUCUAAGUUGGCCGACGCUCAGGAACUGGAAGUAAAUGUACUUAGCGAGGACGAGUUUGAGCGCCUAAUUGAACUCGGGCGCGACCUCUUCGAGGAAGAGCGUUAG